AUGUCACUAACACUGAAGCAGUACACACUACUUUCGGCCGAGGUGGCGGCGUACUGGGACAUGGCACUGGAUGGAAAACUGAUAGAUGGGCCGGAGGAGGCAGUGGCGAUUAAUAAUCCCUCGGAAGAUGGUGGUGUUGACCGAGUCAGAGGAAGGGCGGGGGGAGAAUCUGGAGGCGGAGAUGGAGCAGCCCGACGAGCGGCUGGUAAUUCAAAGGGUCGUGCCGGAAGAUGUGGCCGGGAGGUCGGGAGAAAUGCCGAGGGUGCUGGACAUUCCGGAGCCAUAAGCCGAGACAUUGGCCAUGUCAACCGCUGCGGCAGAGGUGUGCGUCCGACCGAGGGUGGAUGGCUUGCAGGUGCGGGAGCGGGUGGCCAAAGGGAGCCAGCGGCACAAGAGGACUCGAAGCAAGGGGAACCCAGAGCGGAGAACCAAGAAUGUGAGGUCCUCUAA